GCGCCAUUUUCAAACUGCCCUUGCGGCGCCGGAGCCUGUGCCGGGCGGGGCCGGAAGGAGCAAGAAGCCGGCGAGGGGCCGAGGGCCCGGGGCGAUGCGGCGGCCGGAGCUGCGGGACUUUAAUUUUUUAAAGUAGAUCAAACUGGUUUUGGAAGUGAAGAUGACUACAGCUGCAGAAAGAAAGUAUAUUAAUAUUAGAAAAAGAUUGGAUCAGUUGGGAUACCGCCAGACUCUGACAGUGGAUUGUUUGCCCUUGGUAGAAAAACUUUUCAGUGACUUAGUUCAUACAACAGAAAGUCUUCGGAAGUCAAAACUAAGUGCUGCAAAAGCUGAAAAAGAAAGUGCCAAUUUUGAUUUUGUUUUGGAACCUUACAAACAUGAAAAUGCAAAACUGCUCAGAGAAAAUAAUGAAUUAUACCUGGAACUAAUGAAACUGAGAGAACAAUCAGACCAGAACAUUAAAGAGCUGAAAACUGCACUGAAGAAGAGUGCCUGUGAAGCUUCUGAUCUGAAAUUUUUAAAUAACCAAUAUGUUCACAAACUCAAGCUUAUGGAGAAAGAAAGCAAGGCUAAAAAUGAAAAAAUUCAACAGCUUCAAGAGAAGAAUUUACAUGCUGUGGUACAAACUCCAGGUGGCAAGAAAAGAAACAUUGCUUUCAGGCGGCAGCGUAUGCAGAUCGACGAGCCAGUCCCUCCCUCAGAAGUCAGUUCGUACCCUGUGCCUCAGCCAGAUGACCCUUACAUCGCAGACCUGCUGCAAGUGGCUGACAAUCGAAUUCAAGAACUUCAAGAGGAAGUCUUCCAGUUACAAGAAAAGCUACUAAUGAUGGAAAGUGGACUAAGAGAUUAUAACACGCAGAUUGAGCUAAGAGAACGAGAGAUAGAACGACUAUCUGUUGCAUUGGAUGGUGGUCGCUCCCCUGAUAUCCUCUCUCUGGAAUCUAGAAAUAAAAGCAAUGAAAAACUUAUUGCCCAAUUAAAUGUUCAGGUUGACUUUCUUCAGCAAGCUAAUAAAGACCUGGAGAAGCAUGUACAAGAGCUUAUGGAAACCAAGGAAACAGUAACUACUGAAGUUGUUAAUUUAAGUAACAAAAAUGAAAAACUCUGCCAAGAAUUAACAGAAAUCGACCAGCUAGCACAGCAGUUGGAAAGGCAUAAAGAAGAGGUGCUUGAGACCGCUGAUAAAGAGCUUGGGGAAGCAAAGAAAGAAAUUAAAAAGAAACUCUCUGAAAUGCGGAGUCUUGAAGAAACAAUGAGAAAACUUGAACUGGAAUUAAGUUUAUGUCAUAAAGAAAAGGAGAGACUGAAUGAUGAGCUCCUAAUAAAAUCAGACCUAGAAACUGUUGUUCAUCAGCUUGAACAGGAGAAGCAAAGACUUUUAAAAAAAGUUGAAAAUUUCACAGCAACAGAAAGAGAACUUACUUUGGAAGUUGAGAGAAUGAGGCUAGAACAUGGAAUAAAACGUCGAGACAAGUCACCUUCUCGUUUAGAUACGUUUCUGAAAGGUAUAGAAGAAGAACGAGAUUUUUAUAAGAAAGAACUUGAAAGACUACAACAUUUAAUACAGCGAAGAUCUUGCUCUGUAAAUUAUUUUGCACGUGAAAAAUGUUCAACAUUUAAAACACCAGAAAAGGGUGAUUAUGAUUCAGAAAUCAAUGCGAUCACAAGAGAAAGAAAUGAACUUCAAUAUAUGCUAGAAAGAUUUGAAAAACAUAUGGAGGAUAUACAAUCCAAUGUCAAGAUCCUCACAGCUGAAAGAGAUAAACUAAGUGCCUUAUAUAAUGAAGCCCAGGAAGAAUUAGCUGUACUGAGACAGUCAGCUUCCAUCACAGACCCCCAGGAUAUUAUUAGUCUUAUGGAGAAGGAAAAGGAACUUGCAAUAUCUGAUCUAAGAAAGAUCAUGGCUGAAAACGAAGCUUUAAAAGGAAAGUUUAAAAAUCUCCAGGAAAUGAGUCAUUAUGGAAAAUCAGAAUUAGAGAAAACUAUUGAACAUUUAACAGUUGUCAAUCACCAGCUUGAAAAUGAAACAUGUGAGUUAAAGGCUAAAAUGCUAAUGAUGAAAGAAACAAUGGAGUCAUUAGAGCACAAAACAAAUUUCCAAGCUCAUAAACUUAGCUGCAUGAAUAGCGACUCACAUCGGAAAACAGAAAUGAACACUCUUAGGAUAGUAAAUGAGCAACUGCAGCGGUCACUUGAUGAUUACCAGCACCGACUCUCCAUCAAAAGAAGUGAAGUUGAAUCAGCUCACAUGCAGAUUAAAACAUUGGAAGAAAAAAUAAGUCAGCUGCAUCUUCAGAUGACGUCACAGAAUGAGGAGGCUCAUGUAAUGAAAAAGACCAUUGGUGCUAUUGAUAAAGAAAAGGACUAUCUUCAGGAGACUGUAGAUGAGAAGACAGAAAAGAUUGCAAAAUUGCAAGAAAAUCUAGCUAAUAAAGACAAAAUUCUUGCUCAGAUGACAGCAACAAUUGGAGAGUAUGAGUCUUCUCUGAACCAGCUGAAGGAAUCAUUAACUGAUCGAGAGUGUGAGAUCACCAGCCUGCGGUGCCAGCUCGAUGCAGCUCACAAAGAACUUGAUGAUGUCGGAAGAUGUAAAGAAGUGUCUUACAAGGAAGCCAGAAGAUUACAGGAAGAUCUGGCUACAAUGGCAAGAGAAAACCAACAAAUCACAUUGGAAUUGGAAGCAGCAAUACAAGAAAAAGAAGAAAUGAAGAGUAGAGUUCAUAAUUACAUAACCGAGGUGUCACGAUGGGAGAGCUUAAUGGCUACUAAGGAGAAGGAAAACCAGGACUUGUUAGAUAGAUUUCAGAUGCUUCAUAACCGCGCUGAGGACUGGGAGGUGAGAGCCCAUCAGGCCAAGGGGGAGAGCAGUUCCGUCCGCCUGGAGCUUCUGUCUAUCGACACAGAGAGGAGACACCUUCGAGAAAGGGUAGAGCUGCUGGAGAAGGAGAUUCAGGAGCACAUAAGUGCACAUCAUGCUUAUGAAUCUCAGAUCUCGUCAAUGGCAAAAGCCAUAGCUACGUUAGAAGAAGAUCUGAGGAAUCAAGAAAAUGAGAAAGCAACAGUCAUGAAUGAUAUGGCGUCUCUUAGGGAACUUUGCAUCAAGCUCGACUCGGGCAAAGAUCUGAUGAUCCAGCAAAUGAAUUCUAAAAACCUUGAGUUGGAGAGGCUUGUAGCAGAGUUGGAAACUGUAAAAUCAGAAGCAGACCUGUUAAAAAAACAGCUGUCAAACGAGAGACAUACAGUUAAAAAUCUUGAGUCAUUGUUGGUUUCAAACAGAGAUAAAGAAUUUCAGUCUCAAUUAAACUCCCACGAGAAGGAGACAGAAAUUCAGCUACUUAAAGAGAAGUUAACGCUUUCGGAAAGCAAACUGAGUAGUCAAAGCCGAGAAAACACCAUGCUUCGGGCUAAAGUGUCACAGUUGCAGUCAGAUCAUGAUGUUAUGAAGAGGCAGAUUACAACGGAAAAAUUUGAACGAGAGCGGGCAAUUCAAGAGAUGCGUCAACUUGGUCUUUCAACACCGUCCCUUAGUUCCACUCUGAAGUCACCUUUGCAAUCUCCUGAGCAAGUAAAAAUAUGAAUGAAUAAUUAUAAGAAAGAAUGGAUGACUUUUAAUGAGUUGGUCUUAUGGAUUUUUAAAAGGACAGAGCAGUAAUGAAAUAUUUCAAGUACUUGUUACUGAAAAAUCAUGAGCAUUGACACAAAUUCUACCUCUGUCAACAUUUAUUUAAAUCAAUGAUUAUUUAUGUAAAAUUUUUUUAAAGAGCUUUGCCUAUGUGUGUAUAUUUCCAUAUGUUUGACAAACAAAAUAUGUAUUAAUAGUGCUAACUGGUAUUGUAUCUAUAUUUUUAUUAUUCCUGAUUUAAAUUCCUCCUAAAAGUGUGUAUGCUGUGAAUUAAUAGAAUGUUUUGUUUACAUUGUGAUUUAGAUAUCUUUUUUAUUGAGCCAUGAUAUAUGUAUGUAAAUAUUUACUUACAGUAUAUGUUUUAAAGUGUUUUUAGUUUGAUUUAAUCCCUCUCUGUAACCUAUAUCCUUAAUGCAUUCAUAAAGGACUGAAUUUCAAUUCUGUCUUUAAGGGGAAUAUAUCCAGCUCUGCUCUUACAGCGGCAGAUAUCUUGAUAAAAUAAUGAUUACCACAUAUAAUUUAUUAUUACCAAUGAGAAGAACUCUGAUGUAAAGGAUAGGUUUACAUAUCAUAUGCAUAAUUACAUUAUUUGGCUGGCACAUGAACUCUUCACAUAAUGCAAAUUGUAUUAAAAUCAAACUUAGAGCUGAAUUCAGCAUUUUAUAAAACAAUGUAACGAAAAGAUGGAAUAAUUUUCAAAAAAAAUCUCAAAUUUUGGAGUAUAAACUUACAUGGGGUAGAGUGAAACAUUGUAUUAAAAUUCUAGUAUACCUUCAUUAUCAGUUUUAUUUUAAACCAGUCCAUCAUCCUUUCAGAUUAGUACUAACUGUUGAACUGGGACAUAUUAAAUAGAAAAGAGCUUUUUAUGCUGAAUUUCCAGAGUUAUCCUUUUAAAGUAUAGUAUACAUGUACAAUAAAAGGGCAUACGAAAUAGAAUGCCAGCUGCAAAAAACUGAACCACACACAUUUGGCAAAAAAGCUAUUAUUAAUAGAUUUCAUUGUUAUCGUAAAAGUACUUAAAACCUAACAUAAGCAAGUGGAAGACCAACUAUUUUAAUACAUCUCGUUUCCUUCUUUGGCGAAAUAAAGUGACUUGUGCAUGUACCCGGAAAUGGGUCGUGCUCUUUUCUAAAGUUCAUCUGCCAUGUAUGUUUAGGUCAUGUUCUGUGAAUUAAUGUAUUGCGUGGGUGUGAUGUGACUUACUUUACCACCAUCUUUGUGAUGUUAUAUAUUCUGUCUCUUUUGUGUAAACAAACUCCUGUAUUAUACCUUAACUACAAGAGAAAUGGGACUGCUUGCAAUUCAUAUGGAAAAGAUUUUAAUAAAUACAUGUAAAUAAAAUUUAAAUAUUUGUCCCACAUUUACCCCAAAAGUAACAGCAAGAUAUAUUUUGAUACCUUAAGUGUUUUCCUAUAAUUAAAAAGUGUGUAUCUCCCCAUAAUUAUUUCCAUAACCAUGAUAAUAUAAUUUGAAUUCAUUUUAUUUUAAAAUAUUGAAUGUUCUGAUCUUUCAGAGAUGUUCUUAAUUUGUCUUAAAUAAUUUGAAAUUAUGGAUCUUGACAUAGAUUUUUCUAAUAAACUUUACAGUCAAUUUAUUUU